UGUGCUUUUAUAGAAGUUUUAUUGAAAAGGUGAGAAGGCAGAUACUAAACAAACCUGGCUGACUAAUACAGAAAAACUCAAUUUCACAGGCUAACUUCAUCUCCCUCAUCAGCAGCUCAGGGCCAAACUAACUUUUAUUCCUGGAGAUUUUUUGGAGGAAAAAAAUCCCACAAAUCUCAGAUUAAUUCUUCCAGAUACUGUGAGAUGCAAUAGGGAAAAUACAUUAGGAAUAAAACAAAAAUCCCAAAGCAUUUCCUCUUGCCUGCAGAAAACACAAGACCCACCCCAAGCACUUUAUGUCACAGCACAACCAUAAAUAGCAGCUUGCUCUGGGGUGCUGCCCCAUCCUGCCCAGGAAAAAGCUCAUCUUCCCUGCCACACUUCCUUGGGGACUCUGAGCACUCAGCCUGCACUGCCAUCCACACUGCAGCACUUUGGCAGGCGGAGGGAAAGGGAUCAAGAGGGAUCAGACAGGCUGGAGAUGGAGCUGCUGGCCAUGCUGGGCUGUGCCCUGCUGUUCCCCAUGGUCCUGGGUGAGGAUUGUCCAUCGCUGUGCAGCUGCUGGUCCCUGGGGGAGGCGUGGGGGAUGCAUGUGGACUGCAGCUCGCGGGGGCUGCGCUCCCUGCCCGCCCUGCCACGCCUGACCCGCAGCCUGCACCUGCACAACAACAGCCUGGCCUCCAUCCCUGCUGGAUCCCUGGACAGCCUGGGCCACCUGCAGGAGCUGCAGGUCUGGGACAACCCCUGGCACUGUGACUGUCACAUCCUCUACCUCAAGCUCUGGCUGCAGGAUUUCUCCGCGCCCGCGCUCGCCCGGCUCAGGUGCGCCAGCCCCGCUCAUCUGAGGAUGAAAUCCCUGGGGCAGCUCACUGGGAAUGAUCUGGGCGUUUGUACAAGGCUUCUCCCAACCAAGUCUCUCCAGUUCUUCUGGCGGGACCUCAUUUUAAUUGCUGGAGUGAUAAUUACCCUUAUUUUAGUGGCGCAGGCUCUGAAGAUCUCCAAAAAGCUGAUCUGCCAGCUCACCCUCGGGCGCAGGCGCUGGAGGAGGAACAUCCCCAAAACACACAAGAUACAGUGAGUGCUCUUCCCUGCCAGCAGCCUUCAGAAACUUCAAAGUCCUCCACAACAGAAGAGCAAGAGCACUGGUAACACUGCUCUGAAUAGUCAAUGAUAAAAAAGCUCAAAGUUUGGGUCCUCAGGCAAGUUUGAUUUAAUUUUCAUCCAAAAAGAAGCUCGAUGAGGUUUGGACAGGCAAGUUCCACACUGCUGCCAUCUACUCAUAAGAAGAGCAGUUUCCACUGAUUUUUAAAAAUCAUUUAACUUGUGCUUUCCCUCUGAAUUCUCAGCUCUCAUAAAAAGAUUUACACUCCCACAUCCUACGCUUUUUAAUAUACGGAGAAGAACACCCAACUGUAUUAUUUUAACAACUCUUUUCUCACUCAGGCUCUGUGAGUUUAAAACCCAUCACCAUCUCUUGGUGUCACAGUGGGCUUGGUAGGACCAUUCCUGUGUGCAGAACAACUCAGCCCCCUCUUCCUCAGGUUCAGGAGCUUUCUGCCACCAAAAACACCAAGAUUAUAUACACUGGAUACUGAAUUUAUCCCUUGCUGAAUACACUUAAAGAUGAACUGAUAAUGAGAAUAUAAUCAGCAAAAUAAUUUUAAAUCUUACUGAAUUUCCUGGAGGGUGAACAACAAUAAAGCAUUCUAUGUGAAACUGAAAUAAUGGAUGCUGAACAUUCAUAUUGGCCCAAAUGUGAUCUCUUUCUAUGAUUCUAAACAUUUCUGAUUAAAUUUCUAAGACAUUUCAAGAACUUGUCCUCUGGAGAUAAUUUUAGAAUAUUUCCCCUGCACUGAGCUUUUCAAUUUUUUAAAAGACAACCAACAUUCUGUAGGAAUGCAGAAUAUUACAGAAGAAAUGCACUCUGCCAUCUCUCAUGGAAUUUCCUACAUGAUAUUUCUUGUUUCCCCAAAAUUAAAUAAAUCAUUAACACUAAAAAGCUUAUCACUCUCUUCUGUUCCUAUAAACCAGAUAUGCAUAGAAUAGUAAACUGUUUUACUACAUGGCUUCAAUAGUACAAAUGUUUUUAAAAUGAGCCAUUAGCAAACAUUUCUGCUUACACCAACCACCAUAUCGAAUAAGAUGCACAGAAUACAGGAAAAAAAUAAUUGAGAGAACUUUUCUGUCCUUAUAAGAGGAAAGAGAAGGGAAUCUCUUCCAUGGCAGAAGCUCACAUUCUACCAAAACAGUGUUGUAUUUAGAACUCUUGGUCCAUUUGGGUUUUAUCUGGAAAAAACCCCUCUGCAAAGGGGACAGAUGGAGCUGACUGAGGGCUCAAAAGCAACACUCAGUGUUUAUCUGGCAGGGCCACUGUGUCAUGCUUAAGCCACACACUCCAUCAAACUGCACAAAAAAAACCUGCAGUUGCUAACAAUGUGCAAAUGCAGGAAAAUACAUCAGCUAUCAAAAUGGAACAUGCAAGCAGCACUCCCAAAAUGGGUUUGGAACACCCCAGAAAGUGUCACUGCAUCCUGCCUGCAAGGGGCAAACUGGUGACUGUGUCUGCUUGCAGUCUGGGAACACUGGUGUGACUGCUGGGAUGAUAAUAAAUAAAAUAAAAUAAAAAGUUAUGAGGUUUGUUUCCACACUGGGCAGGACAGGUCAUCAGAGUCAUUAUUAUUGCCCAAAACUUCACUGUAGCACACAGAGAAGGUUUGUGUGAACAGCAAUUCUGGGUGAACAGCAGUUCUGUGUAGACUGAAACUCAAUUAACGUGAAGAAUAUUUGCAGGCUUCAUUUAUUAAAUAGCACAAGAUGUGAAUCA